AGUACCUUAGAGGAAACCCCGUUUUUGAAGAUUUCUUCUUCUCAGUUAGCUCUCUUACACCGGACACUUAUUGAUCUUACCGGACUAGGUCAGAUGUCAAGUUGUAAAUGUUUCAGAAGGUGAAGCCGUAGAAGAGGAUCCUGAAUCUCCCGACACACACAAUGUGGCUAGAGGAACCUCAAAAGCAACCCAAAGGUGCUCGACACCCCCAGCUGAUCCCUUGGGUCCUCACUGUUGUUUUCAUCUCACUUCUCAGUGCUUGCUUUAUCGCAAGCUGUUUGGUGACUCAUCGUUACUUUUCACGCUGGAAGAGAGGAGCAGGGACAGUGAAAUUCUCAGAUUACCACACAACACUAACGUGUGUACGAGGGGAGCUGGAGCCUGGAGCUACAGGAGAUACCUGGAACUGUUGCCCUGCUAGCUGGAUAGCCUUCCAGUCCAACUGCUACCUUCCUCUUAAUGACAACCAGACAUGGCACGAGAGUGAGAGGAACUGCUCAGUGAUGGGCGGUCACCUGGCAACCAUCAACACCGAAGCCGAGCAGAACUUUGUGACUCAGUUUUUGGACAGACGGUUUCCCUAUUUCCUGGGACUUAAUGAUGAGAACACAGAAGGCCUGUGGCAGUGGGUGGACCAGACACCAUUUAAUCCGCACAUGGCAUUCUGGCAUAAGGGUGAACCCAAUGACUUUAAGGAAGAAGACUGUGUUGUCCUCAUUUAUGUCCAAGAUAAAUGGGCCUGGAAUGACUUCCCCUGUCACUUCCAGGCAAAUAGCAUUUGUAAGUUACCCGGAGCAACACUCAGCUGGAAGCCCACAAAGCGGUCCUUAUGAUGGAGAUGGCAAAGAUGAACCUAUCAGACCACGGGAAAGUGUCUAUGCAUCACAGAAAUAGAGAGCACUCUGCACUGUCAUAGGGCACUGCCAACAUGAGGAUGUUCGUCAUUAUUUGUGCUUCAAUUUAACUCAACAUAUAUAGUGUGGUUUGUGCGCUCUCUCUCUCUCUCUCUCUCUCUCUGUGUGUGUGUGUGUGUGUGUGUGUGUGUGUAUGUCUACAUAUGUUUAAGAUAGGUUUUGUGUGGUGUUUUGGUUGAAUGAUCAUCGCUACAUGGAAAUCAGUUUUUAUCUUUGCUUCCUAGACAGUAUUUUAAGAUAUUCACUUUUCAGUCGGUAUGUAUUAGUUAUGUAUUUAUAGAAGUAUUGAAUAAUAAAAUCUUCUUUGCCAUUUUUCUGUUACUCAAAUUAUUACCUCUUAAAAUUCAAACUUAAAGUAGACAAACUGAUAGUGAUAAUUUUUUUUUGUUUUUAAUUCUUUUCUCAUACAUUACGUCCUGACUACAUUUUCUCCACCCUCCACUCCUCCAAGUGCACCCUUACUCCCCAUCUCCCCCAGAUCUACUGAGCCUCCAUUUUCCUUCAGAAAAGAGCAGGUCUCCCAGGGAUAUCAAAUGAACACGGUCUAACAAGAUGCAAUACGACUGGGCACAAGCCCUCAUAUUAAGCCAGACAAUGCUAUCCAGUGGGAGGAAAGGGUUCCAUUUAAACCCAAAUAUCAGUCUGAAAUUUUAACAUUUUUACCGUUUGAUAUUUUACUUCUACAUUUAAAUAGUUACUAAAAAUCUCCCAGGAAAAGAGUGUAAAACAGGUUUCAGUGAUUUAUUGCCCAUGUAGAAAGGAGGGCCAUAAACCUUUUAACACUUUCUUCAUUCUAGCUAUCAGGCCAAAACAAGCACUCUCUUGCUGACCUAACUUUAUUUUAAUGGGCUCUUCCAACUCCCUUGUAGAUGAGGAAACAAGAUCUGGGACCGCUGAAGAGCUCCCAUUCUCAUGGUUUGUUCACAGCCAUGUGGGCUGUGACUCACAUCCGCCUGUUUCUGGAGAUGAACCGCGUCUCUUUUGUGCUUUCAGUCAUGUUAAUAGAGAUACGCUGACCUUUUCACUUGGCUAUGGACCCAAUUUUCUCAAUUAUUUGAAGUUCCCUCCAUUGGUGUUUCCAUUUUGAAUCAUAUGAAUAUCACCUUUUAAUUUGUUUGUAUAAAUUGUCUCAUUUAAGAGCUGUGCUAUUGGCAAGAAAACUCACUGAGUUGACAAGCUCCAAUUACUGUUUGUACUGCUGUGGUUCAGACAACUGACCAGAGCAAAGCCUUCUGGGGGUUGGGGAGGUGGAUCAGGGGUUAAGAUUGCUUGUUCCUCUUCCAGAGGACCACAGACUGAUUCCCCGUAUCCACACCAACUCCAGGGCAACCUUUUCUUCCUUCUACAUCCACAACACAACUCACACACACAUUUUUAAAAAGAAGAAUACUGUUUUAGUCCUGUUUGAGAUUUGAUUUGAUAAUUUUCCUGCAUCUGAGCUGAGAUUUUCAGCCAACAAUUUUUUAGCAUGUCUUCUCCUCCAUCAUACUGUUUGUUUAUUUUGUUUUUGUUUAUUUUGUUUGUUUGCUUUUUCAAGACAGGAUUUCUCCAUAGCUUUGGAACCAGUCCUAGAAACUAGCUCUUGUAGAGCAGGCUGGCCUUGAACUCACAGAGAUUCGCCUGCCUCUGCCUCCUGAGUGCUGGGGAUUAAAGGCCUGCACCACUACUACCCGGCUUCUCUACCAUUCUUAAAGGCAGCAGCUAAUUUGCAAGUUUGUUAAUGAUUUUCUAGGUUAAGUGUCAAAUAUUGACGUUUGGUUAAGUGUGGCAGUGGAGAGCAUGUGUUUUAUGUGUGUCCAUGUUAAUGUUGCUGCUUCUGAAUGACGUGGGACUGAGUAACUUUACAUGUGUCGGGAAUAUUAAUUAAAUCAUAUAGCACAAAAUGAGUCAAAAUAAUUUUAUAUAUUAAAGGGAUUUGUAUACUUAAUUUUAUCCAUUUUAAUGUACAAACCAGAAGCCUGUCUAUGUAGAAAUCCAGUUGUCAAUAAAAUGUGAACCAUCUGUGACACUCA